UUCCGGGUGUGAGGCCGCUGCCAGCAGUAGGUCCGCCCGCGGCCCGCGAGCCUCUCUCUCUCUCUCUCUCUCUCCCCGCCGACGGGGACGGAAUGGAGACGGAGGCGUUGUUGCUGGAGGCUCGCGAGAGCGUCGAGGCGGCGCGCACCUACCGCCGCGAGCUGCAGCAGCGCCUGAAGGGGCUGCAGCUGGCCCGGCAGCAGAUCAAAGAGAGUGCGGCACUGACAAGGGAUGUACUUGAGCAGCAUUUUAACGACUUGAAAGGGACCUUGAGGAAGCUUCUGGAUGAGCGGUUGGUGUCCUUGCUACAAGAAGUGGAUGCCAUUGAAGAGGAGAACAUCAAACCAUUGGACGAGUGCCGAAAGCUAAUAGAACAGGGUGUUGGCACUGCUGAUGAACUCCUCCGGGAAGGAGAAACUGUCAUCCAUGGUGUAACAGGGGAGGAGAGUGACAAGCUUUGCAGCUUUACCAAAAAGGCAUUGCAUAUUCAGCUGGAUAGUUUGCCAGAAGUACCAUCCUUGGUUGAUGUGCCUUGUUUAUCUGCCCAGUUGGAUGACUCUCUCCUUACAGUAGUGAGAAAUCAGAUCUUUAACCAUGGGACAGUAGCAUCUCGACCACCAAUACAGAUAGAAGACCUGAUUGAAAAGCCUGGGGGCAUCAUUGUUAAGUGGUGCAAGGUCGAUGAGGACUUUGUGCCACAAGAUUACAGGCUCCAGUAUCGUAAGAGUACGGCCAGCCACUUUGAAGAUGUGUAUGUCGGCUCGGACACAGAAUUCAUAGUGCUCCAUAUUGAUCCCAAUGUCGAUUACCAGUUCAGGGUCUGUGCACGAGGAGAUGGCCGCCAAGAAUGGAGCCCGUGGAGUGUUUCUCAGACUGGUCGUUCCACCUUGGUGCCCCACGAAUGGACGCCUGGCUUUGAAGGCUACAGCUUAAGCAGCCGAAGAAACAUUGCGCUUCGAAAUGAUUCACAAGUGGGCGGGGUGCUGUACUCCAGGGCUCCAACCUACUAUUGCGGCCAGACAUUGACAUUCCGAAUUGAAACAGUCGGUCAGCCGGACAAAAAAGACAGUAUAGGUGUUUGUGUGGCGCAGCAGAAUGGCGCUGAUUCCCUGCAGAGAGAUAAAGCAGUUUGCGUGAGCACCAACGGUGCUGUCUUUGUAAACGGAAAAGAGAUGACAAACCAGUUGCCUGCGGUUACUUCAGGAUCAGCUGUGACGUUUGACAUCGAAGCUGUGAAUUUAGGCCCUUCCAAUAAUAAUAAUGAAGGGGGGAACUUCAAACUCAGAGUGACGAUUGGCUCCAACAACAGGGAAGUGGUCUUUGACUGGGUACUCGAUCAGUCCUGCGGUUCUCUUUAUUUUGGGUGUUCGUUCUCCUAUCCGGGCUGGAAAGUGCUGGUGUUCUAACUUUUCCACCUCUGAAAUGAUGCUGAUUGUUUUAAACUGUAUCAUUCCUCCAGCGGACUUGGUGAUACAGCGAUUAACUAGUGCAGGCUCUGAGUACACUGGUGUGAGUCUGUGCAGGAGGGAGCCCCCUAACGCAACCUGCCGAUGUGAUAAACAUUACUUGAACUAUUUACUGGAUACGGUUUAAAAUACUGAUGGUGUGUUUGAGUAAUCUGGGAGGUGGGGAGUAAGCCUUCACUGUUGCUAUCAAAUUUGUAUUAUUAUUCUUAUUUUUUUUAUUAUUAAUUUUAAGGGAGGAAAAGUCAGAGUUGAACCUUUUACUGUGCUCCCAUCUGUGUGGUUACGCUUAAUGAACAGCCCAAUUUUGCUAAAGUGCUGUUCUUUUGGCUCAGGGUUUAUGGACCAAAGUUCCUUGUAUGCUUAUCCUAUUCAUCAGAGUACGGUACUGUAAACUGCUGCUGGGCAUACACUCAGCAAAUGCUUCAUUUUUGUCAGUUGGAUCCCAGGCAUUAGCGUUUCUUGAACCCUGCUCCCCCAUUUACUGCAGCAAGCUGAAGUAUUUGUUUCCCCACAUGCAGUACCUCGGUCUCAUCUCUUUACCUGUGUGCCUUGGUUUUUAUUCAAAAGUAUUGUACAGGACGGAGAGAUAAGCUUUCCAACAGUGAACAUGCAGUGCCCAGUUGAGUCCCAUUGAAUGGCUGAUACUUAACUUGGGCUUUAUUAUUACCUCCUGCUUCAGAAAGUGCCUCUACCAAGAUGACGUCACAUGUUCCCAGGGGAAAUUCUAUAGUAGGGGAGGCCAGCCUGUAGGGCAGACCCUGCCCAGGAAGCCAUGUGUAGCAGCAGCCUGUUAAGAUCAGGCAAUUUUGGUUACCUUCAAGAAGUGUCUCUUUCCCCUCUGGCUAAGAUACCAUUGCAGGAAGAUCUAGAGUAGCGGUUCUCAACCUGUGAGUCCACAGAUGUUGUUGGACUACAACUCCCAUCAUCCCUAGCUAGCAAGGCCAGAGCUCAGGGAUGAUGGGAGUUGUAGUCCAACAUCUGGGGACCCACAGGUUGAGAAUGGCUGAUCUAGAGGCUCUGAGAGGGAACACACCAUUUCUUGGAGUGGUGGCUCCCAAAAGGAAGAAGAGAUUUUUUACAAGGGAAAAGAAGAAGUCCUGAUCUAGGAGAUGUUCCUCUCCUAGCCCAGUACUCCCAUCAGGAAAAAUGCUAUUGAAAAGAUCUCUGUCUCUCCCUUCCCGCCCUGUUUUUCUGCUGAUCAGCAGAAGGGGAGGGUAUGUCUGAUAUAUGGCUAGUGACUGUGUUGGCCACUUCUGGCACAUGGCUGUCAGUGGGUUGACCUCAACAGCGUCCUUCUGCUGAAAGAAUUAGGCUACCCUCAUUCUGUAAGGAGGUUUUGUAGAACUUCUGAGCAUUUGUGGGUGGGUGGGUGGGAAUCUAUAGUAGGUGGCAGUCAGAAUUAACCAGCAUUCUUAUACAUCGUUGCUUUGCCUAUCCGUGAGUUCAAAGAACAACUCUGCAAUAACUUAGUUAGGAUAGCGUGCUACAUGAAUGAUGCUGAAGUGAAGGUACCAUGUAGUCAAAGGUGUCUGUAAAUGCAUCAUCUAUCAGGGAUUUUAUUAUUUUGCUGAUGUAACAAGGUCAGUGCAUAGACAGGGUAGUGAUAUUAAAAAGGGAAUAACUGCUGUGUGGCACAGUUGUACACUCAACCGGGGUUUCCCAAACUUGGGUCUCCAGCUGUUUUCAGACAAUUUCCAUAAUCUCUGAGCAUUGCUUCUGCUAGCUAGAGAUGGCGGAAGUUGUAGUCCCAACAGCACCUGGUCUAAUGAUAGUUUAGGCCAGGUGUGACCCUCCAGAUGUUGUUGAAUUACAACCCCCACUAGCCUUGGUCAUUGGCCAUACUUGCUGGGACUGAUGUGGCUUGUAAUUUAGGAAGCUCUGGAAGGUCAAAGGUCUCUCCCCCCCACCCUUUGCUUAGGCAAAUUCAAACAUGCAAGUGACGUGAAAUGCCCUUUUUCAUGUUUAAAAUACAGUACAGACCAGUAUUACUUGCAGACAUGUCCUGUCACAAACUGUAGCUGUUCAGUGCCAGCCAAAGGCUGCUUACCACAGCAUCCUGUUGGAGACAAAGUAAGACGUUGUUGAUGAAAAACAGGAAAGCACCUUGCUGCAUAUCCCAGCUGCUCUAGGGCUACACUGAUGCCGAGACCUCGGGUGCUGGCACAAGAGCUCCAGUGACCUUAAACUGGAGCCUAAGAGGGUCGCAAUAUCUCCUUGCUGCACCAAGUUAGGGCCUCUCCCUUGUCCUGAAGCCUUAAGGCAAUUACUAGUGGGGAACCUUUGUCCCUCCAGAUGUUGCUAACUACAACACCCAUUAGCACUAGCAAGCAUAGCCAGUGUCCCGGAAUGAUGGGAGUUUUAGUUCAGAGGGCUAAAGGUUCAUCCACCUUCUCCGUAGCCCAACAGCUCUGCGGAACAGAGGCUGUUGACAUUUUGCAAGCGAAAGGCUCCCCCCGACACUCCCUUGGCCUCAAAGUAAAAAGCUGGGGUUUGUCGUGUUCUCUUGUGCCACAUGCCAGUAUAUUUCCCUUGCACUCAGGGAAGCAGCCUGCCUUACUCAUGUUAACGCAGGUGGCAUCGUAGAAUUCGGAGGGACCCCCCUCCCUGAGGAUCAUCUAAUCCAACUCCCUCGCAAUGCAGGAAUCACAAUUAAGGCAUGAGCUACAUUAGAGCAAUUCUAAUAACUAGGCAAUAUAGUAAAAUCUAAUGUAAGCUAGCAGAGCUCUGCAAACUUGAAAUGGAGCAAACACCACCACUGUAUGAGAUGUUAAAGGUGGCUAACUCGCCUUCCCCUCCAGAUCUGUUUCCUAAACCUCCCAUAAGAUUUUGAGGGCACAUUGGGGAAAUCCUGUUGCAUGAUCAGGCCAUUGCUGUUGGAUGUCACCCUGCUGUUACGUAGGAAAAUGUGACGGCAAAGACCAAUUCACAUUUAGCUGUCAAGUGUGUGUACAUGAGAUAUAUACACUGGAAGGUGGGAAUCCACUUCCUCCCUCUAGAACAGCCUUUCUCAACCUGUGGGUCCCCAGAUGUUGGACUAUAACUCCCAUCACCCCUAGCUAGCAAGGCCAGAGCUCAGGGAUGAUGGGAGUUGAAGUCUAACUUCUGGGGACCCACAAGUUGAGAACCGCUGCUCUAGAAUGUGUUAUAGAUGAACUGGAGCUUGUAAAUGUGCCUCUGACCAGGAGGCGGCUGUGCUGCCUUCCACAAAGGCACACAUGGGGAAAAUUGUGGCCUGCCAUAUGCUGUUGGGACUACAGCUCCCAUCAUUCCUGACCGCUGGGUGUGCUGCCUGGGGCUGACGGGAGUUGAGAAGUCCAUGCAUGCAGUGCUUGGUUCAUAGAAAACUUGUAGACAGAAGUGGGUAGCUGAAGUUGCUCUGCUUCACUCCUGCAACAGUAGUUUCCAACCCUGUUUUCCCAAAUGAGGAAAAGGCAAAGGGCAAGCUAGCCAUUGGCCCCAUAAAUAAAUGUUUUACCAGUUCUGGUGCUUUCAUUUAGCCCAAAUGCCUUUCUACCAUUGACUGACUCGUCACAUAUGGGGGGGGGGGGGCGGGGGAGUUUACCUAGGAUUGAUAAUCCUUUGUGGUGGGGGGGAGAGCAUGUGUGAAUGAGUUGUAUUUGGGAACAGCAGCAGUGUGCAAAAUAUUGGUUUGAAAGCUUACCAAUAAAGCGGAUACAAGGACCAAAAGGCUUGAUGGAGAUUAAAGGCACCUAGCAAUUGACCAGUGAUAAACUGCUUCGCUAGUGAAAAAUAUAUGUAAAAGGGGAAGGUUCCCAAUACAUUUGCAAUAUUUUUGUACUUUAACAAUACCUUACAAGUAUUUGGUCCUUUGGAAGACAUUUUACCCAUACAGUGUUAAGGUAAAACUCGGGAGACAAUGUUGGGAAGGGAAUGUGUUUAUAAAACUUGUAUCUAUUUACCUCAGCAUACGUACUUUGUAUUAUGACUUUUUAAUAAAAGUUUGUCCAUCUGCUUGA